UCUUAAUUACCGAAAAGCUGCUACGAUAAUCAGUUUCGGUAUACAGUAUAAAAGCAAUAAAAUUGUUUGAAACAUAUCUCAACACACGGCUUACUUGUUACAAUGAAGAUACGGGCCAUUAUCGUGUUGGGUGCAUGUCUAAUUCUCACUGCAACAUGUUUGGAAAGAACAGAAGAUAAGAAUGAUGUGAAAAGUACAUCAGAUUUGAACGAAAUUGAUGAAGAUGAAGAUGUCAUGGAACAAAACAAAGAUACCACAGACGAUGAAAACGCGAUAGAAGAAGAUGAGAACACUGACAGCAUGGAUAAUGAAGAUGGUAAUGAUGAAGUUGAUAAUGAUGUUGAUGUUGAUGUUGAUGAAGUUAGCAUGAACGAUCCUAUACGAAAAAGAAGAAGAUCGCCUAGACGCUUGGACGGAAGAAAAGUUUUUGCAUAUUACAAAAAACGAUACUAUCGACCAAAAAAUGCAGAAAUGAACGAUCCUAUACGAAAAAGGAGAAGAUCGCCUAGACGCUUGGACGGAAGAAAAGUUUUUGCAUAUUACAAAAAACGAUACUAUCGACCAAAAAAUGCAGAAAUGAACGAUCCUAUACGAAAAAGGAGAAGAUCGCCUAGACGCUUGAACGGAAGAAAAGUUUUUGCAUAUUACAAAAAACGAUACUAUCGACCAAAAAAUGCAGAAAUAAACGAUCCUAUACGAAAAAGAAGAAGAUCACCUAGACGUUUGGAUAGGAGAAAGGUUUGGAGAUAUUACAAGAAACGGUAUUAUCGACCACAAAAUGCAGAAACAACGGAGUAAUACUGCAAAAUCGAUACGAUACAUCAAGCACAAACGAUAAAAUUAAUAUCGAGUACGAUUGUUAUUUAAUUUGACCCAAUUUAUUACUUAACCUUCGCACAGUUUUCAUAAUUUUAACACCAUACACAUUUUUUAGCAUACCAUGUCUGAGAAUGACAAAACAUAAUUUGAUGCUCAGUUUCAUUGCUGGAUUUUCGAAAUUUUUAAACAGAAUCGUGUAAUUUUUCCAAAAAUAAUUAUUCUUCUUUUCAUUCUUUUCCAUAUUUUUUCAAAAUAUUAAAUUGUUUUUUUGUAGCUAUAAUUUUUAAGCAUUUUUCAUUCAUAGAAUAUUUACAUUAAAAGGGC